GUUGUCUGGAAGCUGAUACGGGCCCUGACGACUGACACAGAGGAACGCGGCUGAGGGGAUGAGUGCAGCUGGAGGAUAGCGGCAGGGAUUAGGCAGCAUGACAGGACCUAAGGCAUUCAUCGCACAUACGAAAAAUUCCAGCCAAUUAAACACAUGUCCUCCAACGCAUCAGCGCCCGGCUGUGCGAAGAACGGCUCGUCCUCCGGGAGCCCCGACAUCCUCUUCCCUGCCCUCUAUCUGCUGAUAUUCAUUGGCGGUCUGCUGCUGAACUGCCUGGCUCUCUGGAUCUUCUGCCAGAUAGCGAACCGCAGCAGCUUCACGCUGUACCUGAAGAACAUCGUGGUGGCUGACCUGCUGAUGACGCUCACCUUCCCGCUGCACAUCCUGAGCGAGGCGCGUGUCGGUCCCUGGUGGCUCCCGGUGCUGAACUGCCGCUACUCGGCCGUGCUCUUCUACACGUGCAUGUACGCCAGCAUCCUCUUCCUGGGCCUGGUCAGCUUGGACCGCUACCUGAAGAUCGUACUGCCAUUCGGCAGCUCCUGUCUCUACAGCUACGGCUUCACGCAGCUGCUGUCGGCGGGCGUGUGGCUCUUCUUGGCCGCCGUCUCGCUGCCCAACUCUAUCCUCACCAAUGUGUCACCCAACCCCAGCACCGCCCUCUGCUGCAUGGAACUGAAGAGCGAGCUGGGCCUGCACUGGCACGCCGCCGUGUCCUACAUCAACAUCGCCAUCUUCACUGCCGUGCUGGUCAUGCUGAUGACCAGCUACUUGUCCAUCUACAGGCACAUCCACCGCUCUAACGCUCAGUUCGACAGCUCGGUCAGCAGCCGGGACUUCCGGCCCGGCCAGAACAUCACCAUGGUCUUGGUGGUGUUCUUUGUGUGUUUUGUGCCCUAUCACUUGUGGCGUAUCCCCUUCACGCUGAGCCAGGUGAAGCCGGCCUUCAGCCAAGAGGUGGAGCUGGUGCUGAAAUAUGGGAAGAAGACCACACUCUUCCUGUCCGCAUGCAACGUCUGCCUGGACCCUAUCAUCUACUUCCUCAUGUGCAGGUCCUUCACACGCAAGCUGCGCAGGAAGUUGUGUUUCGACCGCGAGGAUAAUUUCGACAGAUCCAGCUCCAUCAGCAGGACGCAGGUGCGCCGCUUCCGGGAGUACGCCCCAGCGGUCCAAUGAGCAGGGAGGAUGAGAGGAGAGUACCUCGGUGACUCAGAGACUUCUUGAAUUGUGGAAGGAGGCAGGAAGGGGUGGGACAUGCAUCACCGUCAGCCAAUGACAACACUCCAGACAGACAGAGUACGCUUAGAGACUGUCGGAAACUGGGACUACAGUAGUACGUGGGACAGCCUGACCUCUGACUUGCCGUGAAGAUACAUUUUCAGAAAGCACACCGGUAUGCAUCUGUCUGCUUCAGACUGCUGUUUGUUCCAUUUCUGCACCUAGAUAGAUACAUAUAGUAAUGGAAUAAUUAUAAAUAAUAAAUUUGCACUCAAUAUUAGGCACAGUAUAUGUUUGAAUGUGAUGGCACAACUACAGAAAAUGACUUAAUAUCUCCACACAGCAACAUUAUCACCAAAAAUGACAACUUUGUUUAUAUGUGCUUUAUUCGGCGUGACUGUACCUUGUGUAUUUACCUUGUCAAAACCUUUUAACACAGGAUUACACUGGAGUUUCCUCGUGACGUGUGCAUUCGUACAUCCCGCAAGUUCACUGUGACCCUACACUGGAUAAACAGGUCACUGGAUAAACAUACUUACAUAAUAACAUUAAAUCCUGAAUGGAGCUAAACAGCAGACAAACCAAACGAAGCACCACAUCUGUAGCCAAACACAGCCGUAUUUAACCAGUGUAAAUGUGAACAUAUUUCAUUUUACUUUUUGUUAUCCUCUGAGAAAUAAAUUAAAGAACUUGUUACAGCUGAAGUUAACACUGUUGAUAAUACUGUUGCCAAAGUUGAAUUAAUUAAAUUACGGACAUCGCUAAACGAUUAGAAAAUGAACAGUACUGAAUUAAGUUAUUGAAACACUCGGUGAAUCUCGUAUUAACACGGCUGUUGUGGAUGCCUUUCCUGAGCUGAGAGUAAUGGUAUGGGCUUCUUUUCUGCUAGGCAGUGCAAUCGGCUCUCCACAUCCUCUGGGGCUUGGUUACUGGACCCCCCGCAGAUAUCCAGCUCCGCGGCUGCUGACGUUCCAUUUAUAAAACUGUGUCAUAUUUGCAUGUAACCCACAUCCAUCCUCCUGCAUACUGGAAAUCAUCUCUAGAUUACUUAUAAUACCCUAUACAAUGUAAAUGCCAUAUAAAUAGUUGAAUGACAAGAAAAAAAAAAGGCUGUACAUGUUCAAUACAGACGCAAACUUCGUAGACCUAACUACACAGUACAGGUCUGUAACAACGUAACACUGUCUUUCUGUCAACACUAACACUGAUACAUUGCUUUCAUUGAAUGACCUGAAAGAGAAAUACAUCAAACAAAACAGAAUAUUUAAAAUACAAGUUCAAAUAGAAAAUGUAAUUAUAAAUUUGAGAAAAUAUAAAUUAAUUUAUUCCCUUUCAGCAGUCAUGCCCACACUUUGUGUAGAUUCAGCGUUGUACUCAGCUUGUGGUAAAUUUUAGUUUUGCUUUUUGGAGCUGUGUGUAUUUUAUUUUUUUUUAGUAUUUGCAGUGCGUGGUUGGUUGAAUCUGCAGAUGCAGAACCCAUAGAUAUGGACGGCCAACUGUACACGUUGGUGUUGGGAUCACCUGACCAAGCUGGGACCGAAUGCUGUACUACGGGUGAAAACAGAUGGGAGAGAACAAAUGCUGCAAUGGUGCAUGUCAGCAGCACAAAAUAAAAUCCCUAAACUGAAAAA